CUCGCGCCGCCGCUCGUCUCCGCGUCCGAGCCUGCCGUUUAGGAAGCUCGCGCUCGCAGCCCACGUUUGAAGAAGAAGAAACCGGCCGGCACUCAGGGAGGGUCGGCUCGGCGACGAUGGCGGAAGACCGCAGCUGGAUGUACACGGGCCGCCAGAGCAGGAAGAAGUUCACCCCCGAGUGGCUGGAGAAGACGACCGAGUUCGUGGAGCGCGCCUUCCGCAUCCUCCCGCCGGGGCACCAGGCCGUGCUGUGCCCCUGCGCUCGCUGCCAGUUCAGGCUGUACAGACGGAAGGACGAGAUUCAGCUGCAUCUGUUCAAGAACGGGUUCGCGCCAGGGUACACGGUGUGGGUGUACCACGGCGAGCGCCACAAACCCGAGCCUGCUAAGCCCAAGCCGUCCGACGACCACCCCGGAGAGAAUGGCGGUCUCGACGGGAAGAAGGAUGGCGCCGGCGGUGGCGAGCAAGUGUCCAAGCCGCAGGGGACCAAGAAGUGGGCGUGUGCAAGAGGCAAGCUACCAAAGAAGGAUCAAAAGUGGGCGCGGGCUGCGGCGCAGGGAGAGGGAGGCCCGGCGAGGACGGCGGAGGACCGCAGCUGGAUGUACACGGGGCGCCUGAGCAGGCAGUCCAUCACCCCCGAGUGGGCGGAGAAGACGACCGAGUUUGUGGAGCGCGCCUUCCGCGGCGUCCCGCCGGACUUCGGCAUGCUGUGCCCCUGCGCGCGCUGCCGCAACCGCAACAGGAUACCGAGGACCAAGUUCGACAUGACGAUGGAUCUGGGCCGGAACGGGUUCAUGCCAGGGUACACGGUGUGGGUGCACCACGGCGAGGGCCACAACCCCCAGCCUGCCAAGCCGUCCGACGACCACGGGAAGAGGGAUGGUGGCGCCGGCGGUGGCGAGCAAGUCUCGAAGCCGCAGGAGACUAAGGAGUGGGAGAUUUCCCAUCUUGAGGCGUAUGCAAGAGGCCGUCUACCAAAGGGGACUGAUCAAAUGGAGUGGACCUACCAGAAAUACCUGUGGGAGCAAAAGAAAGCCAAGCUGCAACAGCAACAGCAACAGAGUGAACCAAAGGCAAAGAGGCUGCUCACGUUUGCUGAAGAGGAAGGGAACAAUGUCAGCGUUCCGGAUCCUGAUGAACCAGCGACAACAGCUGAUGGCCCUGUAGCUAAUCCGGCAACGACAGCUGAUGGAGUUCAGAUCCCAGCUGGACCGACGGCUCGUCCCAAGCGCAAGGCAGGCCCGCCCGGGUGGCAUUCAGGUUCAGACUGGGUCAAUUGACCCAUGUAACGGCUACCUAGUUUAAAUAGCCCCCAUGACCUACUGAUGUACUUGGCGGAUAAGAAAUGGGCGGCUAAGGCCGAUCGUAAGCACUUGUUGUGUCGCUGGAUUAAUCAGCUAGCUAAUCUUCUCCUAGAUCGAUUUCAUCUCUGCGAUUUCAAUUUGUGAGCCAUCUAGCAAGCAAGAUCUAUGUAGCUUACAGUUGGUAUCAGAGAUCCCACGGCACCACCACGAUACCCGACUUUGA